ACAUGGAGGAGAAGGUGGAAUACAUACUCAAGAUCAUCAACGAGGAUGGAGACUCCUUUGCAAAGAGGGCAGAAAUGUAUUACAAGAAGAGGCCAGAGUUAGUGAACUUUGUGGAAGAUUCUUUUCGGGGAUAUAGAGCUUUAGCAGAGAGAUAUGAUCAUCUAUCAAGAGAGCUGCAGAGCGCCAACAAGACAAUAGCAACUGUUUACCCUGAAAGAGUUCAACUAUCAAUGGAUGAUGAUGAUGAUGAUCAAAAUUUCCCAACAACAUCCAAUUCUUUCCUUGAUGCCAACAAGCCAUCCAAAGGUUUGCCGGUGGCUCCAAAGUUAAACAUCCCGAAACUUCCCACUGUUCCAAAGAAAAAUUCCAGGAGCCCAUCCAGAUUAAUGUCAAAGAAGGGGCUGCUCAAAAUAAAUGCUACUGAUGCCGCUGCAGCUACUGCAAGUUCAGGGCUGAGCAAAGCUGAGGCAGUCAAGGAACUUGACAAGCUUCAAAAGGAUAUUUUAGCACUUCAGACAGAAAAUGAGUUUGUGAAGAGCUCAUAUGAAAGUCGGCUAGCAAAGUACUGGGAAAUUGAAAAUCAGGUUACUGAAAUGCAAGCAAAAGUUAGCAGCUUACAAGAUGAGUUUGGUAUUGGCAAAGUUAUCGAGGAUGAUGAAGCUCGAACCUUGAUGGCAUCCACAGCUCUAAAAUCAUGCCUAGAUACUUUGGUUAGUUUACAAGAAAAACAGGAGCAAUCAACUGAAGAGGCAAGAUUAGAGUGCCGAAGAAUUCAGGACGUCCAAGAACAGUUCAAGACACUAAAAGAACAACUAAUCAGCAACAAGACGCAUGGACAAGACAUCUCUCAAGAAUACGUAUCAGGUAGUGCAAGUCAGGAAUUGAAGAACUUAGAACAACAAGUGGACAGUAUAGAACAAGAGAGGCAUGAUUUGAAAAUGUUGCGCUCAGAGAUUAAAAAGCAAUUGCAAGUAAAUGCAGAUAAAUCUCCUACCAUGUCCGAACUGGCAGAAAAAAUCGAUGAACUCAUUGAUAAGGUCAUUCUUUUGGAAAUCGCAGUAUUUUCUCAGAAUGCUCUGGUCAAGAGAUUAAGGUCAGAAACAAGUGAGCUUCAGGCACACGUUCAGAGGCUAGGAGCUGAUAAGGAGACUCAGAUAGAGGAUUCAGACAGCAUGAUCAACAAGAUGAGAGAGUUGGAAGAAGAAUUGAACAAGGUUCAAAGCCUCAACCAGAGCAUCAAAUACCAAAACAAGAACCUCCAAAUUCAUUUCACUGAAGCCAGUUUAAAUGUUGAUCAUCUCUCUGAGGAAUUGACAAGUGUGAAGCCAGAUGAGAAUCCAGACAAAGUUGGAGAAAUGCCCAAACCUGUGCAAACUGAAGAGGAGAAAAAAGACGAUACUGUGAAGCAAAGAACAUCCACCAAAUAUGAGGAGCAGGAAUACUUCGUACAUUCCAACUCUAGCAACCACAUCGUAGAUCUUUCACAAGUAGGUCAAGUGAGAGAUGUUCCAGAUGCAAAUUCUAAAGGAUUCAAUAGACAGGACAUGAAUAUGGCUCCUGGUCAUAAUUCAGUGAUCUUAAAAGAUGUGAGGGAGGAUGGGGAAGUGAAGAAAGAUGACGUUGCAGAUCAAGACUCUUCUAUCAAAGCUGAAGAAACAGAUUAUGGGGAGUCCUACCAAAGCAAUGAACUUUGGCUAAAAGGCCAAGCUAGAGCUGCUCCAGAUGCCAAGCCCCAAAACAAAAUGAAACGAAGUGAUGAUAUGAUGAUUGCCGUUGACAAUUCAGUGAUCUUAAAACUGGGAGAGGAAGUGGGGGAAGAUAACGUUCAAGAGCACAGUAUUUCUGUCAAAACUGGAAAACAAAACUUCUCUCAGAUCAACCCAAGGACACACUCUGAUACUAUGUCAAGAGUGAUGAUUUUUAAGAAUGAUAUGACAAUGGAAGGGGAAAAGAAUGUCAGCUUCCCAAUUUGCAGUGCUGUGAAAGCAGACGAUUAUCUUUCAGGAAAUGUUCAAGAGAAAGCUGUUUCAGGUACCACUCCACAAAAGGGCAUUCAGUUUGGUAAUAUAACAGCGAUCACAAGACAUAUGGAAACAGAAGAGGAACGAAAAAUAGAUGGCUUUCCAGAUAAAAAUAUUUCUGUCAAAGCAAAAGAAGAUGAAAACUAUGCUCAAUCCAACCCAAUUAUCAAUCUUGAUGACAUAUCAUGGGAAAUUCAAGAGCCCAAGGCACAAGAGAAAGAUGAGAAGCAAGAUUUGUUUGAGACAGUACACAGUGAUCUCAAUAUAGGGCCACAGGAACUUGCUGGAGAGGAGGAUGAUCAGCCAAAUUGGAGACUGCUGUUUUUGAAUGGGUUAGAAGACAGAGAGAAGAUUAUACUGGAAGAAUACACCUCAGUUCUUAGGAAUUACAAGGAAGUAAAGAAGAAGCUCAGUGAAGCAGAGAAGAAAAAGCGGGCCAGUCUUUUUCAAUCGGUGAUACAGAUAAAAGUUCUGAGGAAUGCUAAUGCUGUGAAGGAUGCAGAGAUUCAAUCUCUAAAUGAAAAACUAAUCUUGUUUAAAUCAAAGCUAGAAGAAACUCCUGAUGUUGAUGAAGGCGUAACCACAACUGGCUUUCAUGUUUCUGAUAUUUCCUCACCAAGUUCAGAUCAAAAGGCAGUUUGUGACUUGUUAGAAGAGCAUGUUAAAUCCUCAGACAGGACAGAAGAAACAACUGUACGAGAAGAUGAGAAAAUCUCCCACAUUGAAGAGCCAGAAGGUAAUAUCAAUUUAGCAUCUGUUAGUGUACCUCAUGCUGUUUCCAUUAUUGAGGAAAAAAUUCGCACGGACAUUGAUGACCUGCUAGAGGAAAACAUAGAGUUCUGGCUGAGAUUUAGCACCUCGUUCCAUCAAAUACAAAAAUUUCAAACUUCAGUCCAGGAUUUACAAGAAGAGCUAGUGAAACUGAAGGAACACAAGAAGCAAGAUGGAAUUACUAAACACCAGUCAGAUGUCCGCCCAAUAUACAGGCACCUAAGAGAGAUACAGACUGAAUUAACAUUGUGGUUGGAACAUAAUUCAGUAUUAAAAGAUGAUUUGCAUAACAGAUUAUCAUCUCUGUCCACUAUUCAAGAAGAGAUAUCAAGCUUCUCAAGGGCCGGCUCUAAAGCGGAAGAUACAGAGCUCAGUGACUACCAGGCAGCAAAGUUUCAAGGCGAGGUUCUGAACAUGAAACAGGAGAACAACAAAAUUGCAGAUGAAUUACUAGUGGGCCUUGAGCGUGUGAAAGUAUUCCAAGUUGAAAUUAAGAGGACUUUAGCACAGCUGGAUGAAGAACUUGAAAUUUCCACGAAGAACAAUCAAACAAAGAACUCUUCAAGCCGGUCAAGAAUUCCCUUGAGGUCUUUCCUGUUUGGGGUUAAGCUAAAAAGGCAGAAGCCAUCAAUCUUUGCAUGCAUAAGUCCAGCAUUGCAGAAACAGUACAGUGAUCUAACAUCAUUACCAAUAUAG